ACAUUGCCAGCGAGGGAGGCAUGGCUUUUUCACAAGAUCAUACGUGCUACACGAGCGACAUAUAGCGAUAAGAAAUAUGGAUAUUGAGAAAAGUCGUUGUUUACAGAUAAUUUGUAUUUCGAAUAUUUUUAUUUACAUAUUUCAAAAACAAUCAUGUUAUUUUAGAUGAGGAAUGCAAAAUACUUUUGGUUUUAAGAUGACAACACGGCACAAGAAAAAUGCGAAAUUGUAACGGGAUUCCCCUACGCUGAAGUACCCUUUGUCAUGGUUACAACUUACAACCCUUUCGAGGUUCAGCUUCGUAAAUAUUUCAGUAAAUUCAGAUUCAGAUUAUGUCAUAGAUUUCCAAGUUAAAUUUCAUAAAAGCAAAUAAACAAUCGAAUGGCGAAAAAGGGCAAAAAAGGAAAGGGAGGAAAAAAGAAAUCAAAAAGAGUGAAAUGGGAUGAAGAUUCAGAUAUUUAUCAGAAGAAAUUUUUAGGAACGUAUGAAAUGCAAUGCACGCUUGAUAAAUCCAUACCCUGUGUUUGGUUACAGAAAGCAUUGAAGAAAGGAAUUGAAGAUAGAAUGUAUGCGAGAAAGUUCAUUAUUGAAGAAGUUGAUGGAGGAAUGAAAGAUCCUAAUACUCCUCCAGUAAGGUUGCGACCUGUCGUCCGAUCAAUUCGUAACGAAAGAUUCACUCAUGUUCAUGAAAUAUGUUGCUGGGAUUUAGAAACAGAACAUGAUGAAAUUGCUGACUUGGCACUACUUCUGGAAAAAGGUUUUUAUCCAGUAAGAAGAAUUGAGCUCAUGGAUUGUGACAUUCAACAUUUCACUGUUGCCAGAUUUUCUAAAGCAUUCAGGGUUUCAAAUCUUGUUGAAAUCAACUUAGAUUACAAUGAAUUUGGUGAUGCAGGAUGUGUUGGUUUAUGCAAUGGACUCAAGAAUAACAAGAUCAUGCUCUCUAUCAGCCUCUGUUAUUGUGGGUUAACGCCAAAGAGUGGUGAACCACUAGGUGAAGUAUUGUGCAAAACAACAGUACGAGAAUUUUUUCUUGACGGCAACCAACUACAAUGUGAUGGUGUUAUUGAAAUGUUACGAUACGCUGCUGCUAACGCUGAACAUGAAAAUAGUCAACGAAUAGAAGAAGAAAAAAUGAAAGCAUUGAUGAUUGCUGAAGGAGCGUUAGAAACAUCUGAUAAAAUGUUGACUUCUCAAGUCACCACCGAUGGAGGAGUAACAACAGAAGGUGGAGCUGAUUCUGCUGGUUCAAAACCAGGAGUGGGAAAAAGGAAAAAAAAGAAGAAGAAAAAGGGCAAAAAGAAGAAAAAAGCUGAAGCACUCCCACCUGUAGUUGGACCAUAUGUUCAUGUUCUUCAUAUUGGUGAUAAUGGGAUUGAUAGUUAUGGUCCAGGGAGAGAAGAUAAAUUAUUUAUGUGCAUUGAAGUCCUCAAAAGAAUGUUGAUGUAUUCACAGUGCUUUGUAGAAUUGGACAUGGAUGACAAUGUUAUUGGAGAUAUGGCUGCCAGAGAACUGUUAGCAGGAUUGGAUGCAAGAAAACUUGGUAAUUUACCUGCAGUAAAAGUGCGAACAACAGCUGAGUUGGGACAAACAACCUACGAAUCUAUUGCGAAAUUUUCUUUUGGAAUGAAGAAGAAAAAGAAAAAAGGCAAAAAGAAAAAGAAGAAAUAAAGAUAUCAUCAGAGUGCACUUUCUACACUGUGACCAAAAACAAGCAUUUUACCUAAUUUCCAUGUUCCGAACAACUAUGAAGACAAAUGUCAGUAUUGUGUUUCAUUAAUUGUAUUUUUCCUAUUUCGAAAUUAAAUUUUAUAAUUCUU